GCCCAUCAUUCCACUUUUUUGAUCAAUUACAGUACAGCGUAGGCCUAAUAGCACACUUGUUUUUACUAAUCGGCUUGAUGAUUAGUUGACUAGUUGAUUCAAGUGCGCUAUUAGGCCUAUUGGAAUAGAUCAAAUGGCUUGGGGUAGCUGUGGAGAGGUUUGGGAAAUACUGGUCUAGAUUAUAAUGUGCUGGAUAAGAAGGAAGGAUAUUGAAAUGUUUGAGUAUGCCAAUAGGCAGCAUGGCAGCAAAAGUCAGUUUUUCUUUUACAAAACCAAUUUAAGAGAUUUAAGAGAUACAUUCCAAUUUGAGAUUGAUGUCAAUGCAUCUAUGAGCUAUAGAGGUUAGUUAUAGAUCGACCCUCCCCACUGCGGAUGGUAGAUUCCAAACUGCUUUAGCUCUAUGCAGGCGCGCGGUGUAGAAUAGGUUCAAGCUUGGCUCUCGUUCGUUUGUUCGUUAGGGAAGCCCAAAUCAAUAUACUGUUCUCCGACCUUAUCAACCCAUGUCUAGAAGCCCAUUUAUCGGAGUCGGUCAUAAAUACAUAUUACUUUAAUACUUUAAAGCGUAAUAUAUGCUUAUAUUUCCUCACUCGCAAAAAAAAAACAAAAAAAAACAUUCAAGACAGGACCGCGUGCUUCCGAUGGGACUAAACUUCUUCUGAGACAUAACGAUGCUGUGAAACAAAGCACACCUUUCUACAAGGUGAGCGCGUCAACCUAAGCCAAUCCCCUCAGAGCAUCUACGCCGGUCGCCGUGAAGAUGGACACAAAGGAGCGGCGGCACUGCUCCCUGACCCGGGGCCGCUGCAGGAAGGACUUCCACCAUGCUAUGGCGUCCCGGGAACCCGAGGAGUGCCGCGUGGCCACCCAGAAGUCCUACAGCUCCAGCGAGACGCUCAAGGCCUACGACCCCGACACGCGCAUGCGCUACGGGGGCUGUGUGGCAGAGCUGGUGCAUCACGAACAUGAGGAGUACGUCCGUCAAGGUGAGCUCUACGUUCCUGUGUCGGUCUCUGUCUCCACUGACCAGGGAUUUAUUUCAGUACAUUCUCUUCCGUUUUCACAAGAUUUCAUUUUAGUCCGGUCCGCAGCUUCUUGA